AUGGCUCCCGAACCACUCAUUAACCGGAUUCCUAAGCAGAAGAAACAGGAUGACGUGCCUGAUGAUGAGAAGCUGCGCUUAAUAGAGCAGACUGGCCUUUUACAAAAGGUCAAGCAACGCGAAGCGGAACUGGCAGCACAACACAAUCAGGCAUCGACAGCCGAAUAUAUUUGGCAAGCCAUCUUUCUUAGUAUCCCCUUUGGAUUUCUUGUGGCUACAUUUGACGUCACUGUUAAAGUUCAAUUCAGUGAACCGUGGACUUAUUACGGUCUAAUGAUGAAAGCAGUUAAAUCGGCUCCAGUUUUAUGUCCCUUCAUUUAUCUUACGAAUCGUUAUAAAAACAAGAAAUGGAUGCAGGCGGCCAUGACGUGUGGGUCCAUGUUUGUAGGGUCACUCCUACUAUAUACCCUGACCCAUUCUCCUUCACUGGGACAAAUGCUACGCGCACCCGGUUUGGCGACAAUAUGGAUUUAUUUCAUUGUACAGCUGGAUUUGCUGCCAGCCACAGCGACUUUAGUGAUGGUUGGUUUGUAUUGGUACUUUGGAUUAAACAAAAAUAAAUAA